AUGGCUCCGGCCUCUCCAACUCCUCGUCGAACACCCACGGGACGGCGCAGAGGGCGUCCGCCCGGCACCACCAACGCUGCGCGUGCCGCCAGACAGGCCUCGCUUGCCGCCGCUGCGGUCUCGGAACCGCCUCCCAAGAAGCGGCGUCGCUACGUCCCCGGAGGCCCCGGUGGUGGUGGCCGAUAUCUUGACGCCGACGCCAUCGACACGCCCGACACGGCCCGCACCACGACAGCCUCGCGAUCUAGAACCUCGGGCUCCCGAAUGGCCCUCAACGGCGCUUCCCCCUCUUUGCCCCCGCGGCGAGAGCGGAGCACACGAGCCAGAACUGCUGCCAACGAAGACAGCGACGAGAUGCGAUGGGGAUCUGCCGCCGCCAUGGCUGCGUCCGUGAAGCAGGCCGAAGACUACAAGCCUCGGGAGGAGCGCAGCUGGGAAGAGUUCCAUCCAAACCUUGAUAUCGACCUCCCCUUUGUCAUCUUUCCUGCCGACGAUGUCGACGGAGUCGUCCUGCAAGAGGCCCCAAAUACCCCCGCCAUAGAUGCGCCGCCCCCUACCACACCACACUUGGAGUCCAUGACGCCGUCCAAAUCAGUCAACCCCGCCUCGACGGGCAAUACACCAAAUCCUCAGGCAGCGCGUGGCCCAGAGGCCGACGCCGACGACUCAGCUGCCGGCACUCCCUCAUCAAGACGCCCUCGCCGAUCCACCCGCGAAGUCGUCAGCUUUUAUAACAUCCGACCACUUGACUUUGCUCCUACUCCAAGAACCCCCAAGAUCCUCCCCAUAUCGAACCAGACGCCAAAGGAGCGGCUCGACCUAAAACAACCCCAAUAUAGAAAGACUAACCGCAUCGAACUGUUUGAGAGCAAGACUUUUGGCCAGGCACGCUAUGUUGACAAGGCCAUGAGUAAUGUUGGAUACCAGGAGAGCGAUAACUUUAUUCGAUCUGAACGCACGUUGAUCAAGGCCAUUGACGGCAAUGCAGACGAUGAGUUUGAACAGUUUUCGGUGGCUGCAGGCGACGACCACGUGCACCAGUCUAGACUUGGCCGUGUUGAGUACGACAUGGAUGAGCAAGACGACAUGUGGCUUGAGCAAUACAACGCCCAGCGCAAGCAAAACGAGCUAGAGGCCAUCACGCGCGAGGUCUUUGAAAUCACAAUGACCAAGAUCGAAAAGGAAUGGCAUGCUUUGGAACGAAGAAUACCAAAGCCAAACCCAAAGCCGCCUCAGACGCACAGGCCGCGGUCUAGCUCGGCUGUGGCUGUUAACGGCGAGACUCACGGCGGCGAGGAACCUGACAGCAAGUGCGCCAUCUGCGACGAUGGAGAUUGCGAAAACACAAAUGCUAUUGUCUUCUGCGACGGCUGCAACCUUGCGGUUCACCAAGAAUGCUACGGUGUGCCUUUUAUUCCGGAAGGUCAGUGGCUUUGCCGGAAAUGCCAGCUAUGCGGUCGCGGAAUACCAACUUGCAUAUUUUGCCCCAACACAGAUGGUGCAUUCAAGCAAACCAACUCGUCCAAAUGGGCCCAUCUACUCUGCGCCAUGUGGAUUCCUGAAGUCUCCCUGGGAAACCAUACAUUUAUGGAGCCUGUCAUGGACGUGGAAAAGGUCCCUAAAACUAGGUGGAAGUUGACUUGCUAUAUCUGCCGUCAGAGAAUGGGCGCCUGCAUCCAGUGCGGCAACAAGAAUUGCUACCAGGCCUUCCACGUUACCUGUGCCAGGAGAGCACGGCUAUUUCUCAAGAUGAAGACUGUCCAGGGCACUCUUGCUGUUUUAGACGGCAGCAUGGUCCUCAAGGCAUUUUGCGAUAAGCAUUGUCCGCCGGAUCAUGCUCAAGAAAAUCAGGUCCACCAGGCUACGCGAGCAGCCAAAAAGUUCUAUAAGAGGAACAUGCGUGGGCGUAUCUGGGCAGACAAUCAAGCCAUGGCAAACGUCAUCGCAGCGCAGCACCGCACUGCCAUUACGGAUCACCCACCUGAUGAGAGCCAGAUGACAGGGGCUAAGAACCUGGCCAUCCUGGGCGAUAAGAAGAAAGGACAGCCUCCCAAAAACCUCUGGAAGCUGCCAUCUGGAGCACCCAUCAUUCCUCAAGUCGUCUUCGACAUCGUCGAGGCAUCCAUCCAACGGUUCACGUUUAGGAAGCGCAAAGACUUCCUCAGUGAAGCUUGCCGCUAUUGGACCCUGAAGAGGGAGGCACGUAGGGGUGCCGCGCUCCUCAAGCGCUUGCAGCUGCAGAUGGAGUCGUUCUCUUCCAUGGAGCUUACUAGGCGCAACUUUGCCGCCAUGGGCCCCAGUGGCAAGGCAAGACUGGCUCGCCGCAUCGAGUUUGCUCAAGGCGUUAUUCACGAGCUCGAACAGCUCAAGGUUCUUGCCGAGGACAUUGUGCAGCGUGAGAAGCUUAAGCUGGAUGCUGCCGAGCUCGAGCAGGACUUUGUAGAUGAGUGCUACUUUCCCACGGCCAAGCUGUUGGUUCCUGUUGUUGAAAAGGCUAUUUCGCUGGAUAAGGGUCUCUUCACAGAUGGCUUGACCGAUUUGCAGGCAAGCAUCGAGAAGCGAGUAUAUGUCAACACGCUGAGCUUUGCACAAGACCUCGGCGAUAUUAUUAGCAAGGGAAUCUUGACCCCUCCUGAGCGUUCGGAGUCUAUUCAACGUGAAGCAGAGGAGGAGGAAGCAGACAACAAUAGCACCAACAACUCCAUUGUAAUAUCAACGUUUUCAGACAUACGAGAGCGACGGAAGCUCGGAAAGCGCAUUCUUAAGGCCGUACAGCCGCUGCUUGAAAUGUCGCUGCAAGUCGAAGCCGAAAUAUCUACAAAGCCGUCUGAAGCACUGCAAAGAGAGCUGGAAACCCUUAUUGAUGCCAGCAUCGAAGUAGGGCGACAGCCCAAUGCAGCGGCGCACAAUGAGCCGGGUGCAGCGGCCGAAGACACCAUUAUGCUCGAUGCUCCCGAGCCACCGUCCGAAGUCCACCCUACCAUCAAGAGCGAGCCUCUUGCUGGUGGAAGUGGCAUUGUUGACGGCGGUGACGUAAUGGACACUGCUGAGAAUGAUGAAGAUGAAGAAGAUGAAGAUGAAGAUGAAGACGACGACGACGAUGAGAACGGUCGCCAUGAGGAGGAGGAAGGUGACAGCAUCGAGGUUAAUACCGUCGGGCUGGGCAUCAUGACCGGCCGUCCCUCAGGGGGUCUUGGUAUAACGACAGAGAUGAACAUCAAAUCGGCGAGAGUCAACUCUGCCAUCACAUCCGAAACUCCUCCCAACAGCACGAGCAGCUACGUCGUCAUGACUCGUCCAUCACAAGAUGGGCCACCAACACCACCGCAGAGUAAUGGAAGCCUGGGUAAUGAGCCAGCCGACCCUCUCUCGGAAGGAGGCGUCCUUUGGUACCUCAGGGCGCUUGAGCCGCACGGCACAUCCAUCCUUGAGGAGCACUGGGCCGCCGGCCGAGAUGCAGUGCGGACACUCAGCGAAGAGCUGACAGACCUCGACGACGAGGACUUUAAGGACAUUGGCAUCGACAUUGAUGAUGCCGUGGCGGCUGCGGUGAUGGACACGGAAGAGCCAAGAGACGCGUCGAGCACCAAGAACAAGACGGCGAAUAGACUACCAAAGAAACGAAGACCGACUAGACGGCGAUAG